GCAUUUGAAGUAUAAAAUGUUUUUCACAUAAUUGCUAUUUUAGGCCAAAGACUGGGUUCCAGAUGUGGCUGGAAGAAAACAGAAGUAGUAUUUUGUCUGACAAUCCUGACUUUUCAGAUGAAGCAGACAUAAUAAAAGAAGGAAUGAUGCGAUUUAGAGUAUUGUCAGCUGAAGAAAGGAAGGCAUGGGCUUCCAAGGCCAAAGGAGGAACUACAAGUGAUGGAGCUGAAGCAAAGAAGCGAAAACAUGUGGUUGAUGAAAGUUAUGAAACUGAAAAUGAGAAGGAAAAAGCAAAGGAGAAUCUGAAUUUGCCUAAAAAGCAAAAACCUUUAGAUCUUUCAACCAAUCAGAAGCUGUCAGCUUUUGCAUUUAAGCAGGAAUAGAGUUAAAGAAAGUGGGAAAGUGGGUAAUGGAUUUUUUAUUCAUCAUUGAUGAACCUGGACUUUAAAAAAAAAAAAAAAACCUUAGAAAACUCAUUAUAUAUUUUUGAGAGUUUAGUGACAACUAUCUGUCUUCAUAAGAUAAUGUAGUGUUUAUAUUGGUGUAGGUAACAGGGCAUGUGUAAAAACUGUCAUCUCUUUAGAUUGCUCUGUUCCCAAAUGGAGGUACGUUGAGAAACACUGUGAUUAGUCACUGAUGUGAAGCCACUGGCGUGUCCUAAUGGAAGCCAGUUUGAUGUUGUUUCUUACCUUUAAAAUCAUCAAAGCCAAGAUCUUAAAACCUCUGAACAUUGAAGUACCUUCAAGGGGUUUCCUCGUUCGGUUUAUGUCAUGUAGGGAGAAGUACUACAGAAGUCGUCUUCCAGAUUUGUUAUCAUAGACUCUUCUCUAUAUCUAUACUGAACUAGGGACCAUGUUUUUAAUAUGAACCCUAAACAUGUAAAUAAUUUUGUAGAUGAGACUUUUUUCUUUUGUUUGUUUCAGAAAUUUCUUCAUAUAUGGGUUUCAGUUGUCUUUGUAUUGCCUGGUUUUUAAAAAAUAAAUGACUUUCU